UACAUAGAGAGACAUAACAAAGAACUUCUCUAAUUCUCUCUCUGUGUGGCCUCCGAGAGAGUCUCUUUGUUCUUGGCUUCGCUCUUCCUCUACCUGAGUUUACUUUCCUUUCGAGACGAUCUUGUAUUCUGAUUUUGUAUAAUGGGAGGACGUUCGAUUGAUGUUGCCCAGGAACUUCCCUUUCCUAAUGCUGCUCGCACUAUGGUCUUAUUUGGACGCACUGAUAUUGGAAAAAGUGCAACAGGCAACAGCAUUCUUGGCAAAAAAGCCUUCAUUUCCAGGCGUAGCUCUAGUGCUGUCAUGACCACUACUGAAUUGAAGACUGCUAUCUUGAGAGAUGGACAACAAAUUAAUGUUAUAAACACUCCUGAUCUUUUUGAUCAUUCUGCCAAAUCAGACUUUAUUGGCAAAGAAAUUGCCCAGUGCAUUAAAUUGGCCGAGGAUGGGAUCCAUGCUGUUCUUGUGGUUAUCUCAACUAGAACUCGCUUUACAAAAGAAGAGCAAUCUGCAAUCUGUAGCUUGGAAAAUCUAUUUGGACGUAAAAUCUUUGACUAUACGAUUGUUGUCUUUACGGGAGGAGAUGUGUUGAAAGAAGAUGAGACUUUGGAAGAUUAUUUGGGCCGUGAUUGCCCGGGGCCUUUGAAGGAAAUCCUUGGUCUGUGUGGAAAUCGCUAUGUGCUUUUUGAUAACAAGACUAAGGAUGAAAGCAAGAGGGUAGAACAAGUGCAGCGGCUACUCUCGCUUGUAAACUUGGUUAUAUCACAGAAUGGUGGGUGGCCAUACACGGAUGAGAGAUUUGCUAAAGGGAAGGUUGAGUUAAUAAGAGAGAAAAUCACGAUGCUUGAACAAAAGUUAGCUAAUGAAUAUGCUGCGCGACUAAGAGCAGAAGAGACGGCCCAAAAGGCUCAACAAAGAUCUAAGGAUGAAAUCCGAAAGCUUAGAGACGAUAUGCAAGUAGAGAUGCGGAAAAGAGCCGAAGAGACUGCCCAAGAGGCUCAACAAAGGUCUAAGGAUGAAAUCCGAAAGCUUAGAGAUGAUCUCCAACCAGAGAUGCAGGAAAGAGCCGAAGAGAUUGCAGAGAUACGGAAAAGAGCCAAAGAGACUGCCCAAGAGGCUCAACAAAGGUUUGAGGAUGAAAUCCAGAAGCUUAGAGAUGAUCUGAAAGCAGAGAUGCGGAAAAGAGCAGAAGAGACCGCCCAAGAGGCUCAACAAAAGUCUGAGGAUGAAAUGCAAAAGCUUAGAGACGAUCUACAAUUAGAGAUGCUAAAAAGAGCUGAAGAGACCGCAGAGAUGCAGAAAAGAGCCGAAGAGACCGCCCAAGAGGCUCAACAAAAGUCUAAGGAUGAAAUCCGAAAGCUUAGAGACGAUCUACAAGUAGAGAUACGGAAAAGAGCCGAAGUGACUGCAGAAAUGAGGAAAAGAGCCGAAGAGACUACCCAAGAGGCUCAACAAAGGUCUCAGGAUGAAAUCAGAAAGCUUAGAGAUGAUCUGCAAGCAGAGAUGUGGAAAAGAACUGAAGAUACUGCCCAAGAAACUCAACAAAAGUUUGAGGAUGAAAUCCGAAAGCUUAGAGAUGAUCUGCAAGCAGAGAUACGGAAAAGAGCUGAAGAUACUGCAGAGAUGCUGAAAAGAGCCGAAGAGACCGCCCAAGAGGCUCAACAAAAGUCUAAGGAUGAAAUCCAGAAGCUUAGAGAUGAUCUACAAGCAGAGAUGCGGAAAAGAGCCCAAGAGACUGCAGAGAUGCGGAAAAGAGCCCAAGAGACUACCCAAGAGGCUCAACAAAGGUCUCAGGAUGAAAUCAGAGAGCUUAGAGAUGAUCCGCAAGCAGAGAUGUGGAAAAGAACUGAAGAUACUGCCCAAGAGGCUCAACAAAGGUCUGAGGAUGAAAUCCGAAAGCUUAGAGACGAUCUGCAAGCAGAGAUGAGGAAAAGAGGCGAAGAGUCUGCAGAGAUGCAGAAAAGAGUUGAAGAGACUACCCAAGAGGCUCAACAAAGGUCUAAGGAUGAAAUCCAAAAGCUUAGAGACGAUCUACAAGCAGAGAUGCGAAAAAGAGCUGAAAGCAACGUGAGCAACUGUGUUAUUCUUUAAUGUAAUGACUGAUAGGCUAUGUGAUAAGGAGAUCGUGGAGUUUGCGGCAACUGGUUGGGACGUCUGGUUGAUAAUGGCUAUGGUAUUCUGUGUAAAUGUGAAAGAUACUGGCUCAGGGUUGGAAGUUUAAUAUCUAAACUCUUGAACUGUAUGGGAAUAAUGUUGUAAGAAUAUAUACAUAUAUAUAUAUAUAUAUAUAUAUGGGAAAGACAGGGGAAACACCCCAAAUUCUGAUUAUUCAUGUUAAUAGUAGAGACAUU